UUAGAGAUCGUGACUUGUGGGUUUGGAAUACGAAUAGUGAUUUGAUAAAUUAGUAGAAUUUAUAACGCAGGCAAUUAUUUUGUGUAUUGUUACGUUUACUGAGUUCAGAAGAUUGUUUUGGUAUAAACAUAUAAAUUUCAGUUUUUCAAAAUGACUACAAACGGAGAUAUCGGCGGUCUCGAUGCUAGUGGAAAAAUAAUAAAAAUGGAAGUGGACUAUAGUGCAACAUGUGAUGAGAAACUGCCCUUGUGGAAAUCAUGGGCAGCCCAAGGCAAAAUUCAAGAAGCUAUCGAUCAGUUAUUGGCUCUUGAAAAACAGACUAGGACUGGUGCCGAUAUGGUUUCCACUUCAAGAAUCCUAGUGACAGUGGUUCAGAUAUAUUUUGAAGCUAAGAACUGGUCUGCUCUCAAUGAUCAUAUAGUUGUUUUGUCCAAAAGAAGAUCCCAAUUAAAACAAGCUGUUGUUAAAAUGGUUCAGGAAUGCUACACUUAUGUAGACAAAACACCCGAUAAAGAAACAAAGAUAAAACUAAUUGAAACAUUGAGAACCAUAACAGAAGGAAAGAUCUAUGUAGAAGUUGAAAGAGCGAGACUGACUCAUAUUUUAGCCAAAAUUCGAGAAGAAGAAGGCAAUGUAGCAGAGGCUGCAAAAAUAAUACAAGAACUUCAAGUAGAGACAUAUGGUUCAAUGGACAAGAGGGAAAAAGUUGAGUUAAUUCUGGAACAGAUGAGAUUGUGUCUUGCUAUCAAAGAUUAUGUCCGUACACAGAUCAUAUCAAAGAAAAUCAAUACAAAAUUUUUUGAAGACGAAAAUACUCAGGAGCUGAAAGAGAAGUUUUACCGACUGAUGAUAGCUGUGGACCAGCAUAAUGGACAAUAUCUGUCAGUCUGUCGGCAUUUCCGAGCUUUAGGAACUGCUGGGGGCCCUGAAGCACUUAUUGGCAGUGUUGUAUUCCUUAUAUUGGCACCAUAUGACAAUGAACAGGCAGAUCUCACACAUAGAGUAAAUGAAGAUAAGGAGUUGGAUAAACUUCCUGAUUAUAAAGAAUUGUUACGUCUAUUCAUAAAUCCUGAGAUCAUCAGAUGGAACACUCUAUGUUCUUCUUACGAGAAGAUGCUUCGGGCCACACCGUACUUUGACGCGUCAGACGACAAGGGUCAAGAACGCUGGAACGAUCUUAAGAACAGAGUUGUUGAACAUAAUAUUCGCAUAAUGUCAAUGUACUAUACUCGCAUCACGCUCAAACGUAUGAGUGAACUUCUUGGUCUGAGCGAGACGGAAACAGAAGAGGCCCUGAGUCAGCUUGUUGUGAGUGCAGUUGUUAAAGCCAAGAUCGAUCGUCCAGCUGGCGUUGUACACUUUAGCCUGAAUAUGGACGCGUCAGAUCGUCUCAACGAAUGGUCGAACAAUCUGAACACAUUGAUGCAACUUGUCAAUAAAACAACACAUCUCAUUAACAAAGAGGAAUGCGUUCACAAACAUUUGUUGGCUACUGCAGAGUAACUGUAAAGCUAUAUGUUUAUAAAUUAACUUAAGAUUUUUCGUCUGUAAACUGCUAAUAAAGUUUGUCUCUAAUUUUU